CUUAUAUUUUUGUUGGAACGUUUUUUUUGUGUUUGGGAGCCAUUGCAUCAUUGUUUGUCGACUAACACAAAUUACCAGACUUUAAAGAUCCUACCUUACCCAUCUACUCGAUACCAUUCGAUCGACGUAUCCUCAAGAUAAAGAUUCCCUUGAACUAAAAUUCAGACAAGAUGGUGAAGGACACAAAGUUCUAUGACGCACUUGGCGUCUCGCCAACUGCAACAGAACAAGAACUCAAGAAGGCAUAUAAGACAGGCGCUCUGAAGUGGCACCCUGAUAAGAAUGCCCACAACCCCGCCGCUGAGGAAAAGUUUAAGGAGAUUUCACACGCUUACGAAAUCCUUUCCGACCCCCAGAAGCGCCAAGUCUAUGACCAGUAUGGCGAGGCUGGUCUCGAGGGUGCCGCCGGCGGAGGUGGUAUGGCGGCCGAGGAUCUCUUUGCUCAGUUCUUCGGCUCCGGCUCUUUCGGUGGCGGCCUUGGCGGUAUGUUCAGCGGCAUGGGCGGAGCACCCCGUGGUCCACCUAAGGCACGCACUAUCCACCACACACACAAGGUAUCCCUAGAAGACAUUUACAGGGGUAAGAUCUCUAAACUCGCUCUCCAACGCUCCGUCAUCUGCCCUAAGUGCGAAGGUCGAGGUGGUAAGGAAGGCGCCGUACGUCGUUGCUCUGGCUGUGAUGGACAUGGAAUGAAGACCAUGAUGCGCCAAAUGGGUCCCAUGAUCCAGCGAUUCCAGACGGUAUGUCCCGACUGCAAUGGCGAGGGUGAGAUCAUCAAGGAGAAGGACCGAUGCAAGGGUUGCAAUGGAAAGAAGACUGUCGUCGACCGGAAAGUACUUCAUGUACACGUUGACCGUGGUGUUCGAAGCGGUACCAAGGUCGAAUUUAAGGGCGAAGGCGAUCAGGCACCUGGUAUCCAGGCUGGUGAUGUUGUUUUCGAGAUUGAACAGAAGCCGCACCUUCGAUUCACUCGGAAAGAAGAUGACUUACUUUACCGAGCCGAGAUCGACCUCGUCACGGCGUUAGCCGGUGGUACUAUCUACAUCGAGCAUCUGGAUGACAGAUGGCUAAGUGUUGAAAUUCAACCCGGCGAGGCAAUCGCACCAGGUACGUGUAAAACUGCGGGCAAAUUUUUUUUUUUAAAUCGUUUGCUAAUUACCCCUAUUAUAGACACCGUGAAAAUGCUGCGAGGACAAGGUAUGCCAUCGCCUAGGCAUCACGACCACGGCAAUAUGUACAUCCAGUUCUCUGUCAAAUUCCCCGAGCGUAAUUGGACAGAUGACCCCGCAGCGUUCGAGGCCCUUCAGAAAAUCCUACCUGGGCCGGCUCUUGAGACUAUUCCUCCUGCAGAUGCCAUGACAGACAACGUGGACCUCGAGGAGCUAGACCACCAAGGGCAAGCCCGAGCAUUUGGUGGCUCGCACGGCAUGGAGGAGGAAGAUGAAGACGGCCACCCACACGCUGAACGUGUACAGUGUGCUAACCAAUAAACGACCGAUUCACCAGGAUUGAUUCCACCUACCAUACUGUUGGUUGGAAUCAAUACCUCGCAUAAUAAUUUGCCGAUACUCUCAAGGAUUCUCUUUGCUAGUUGCGUUGGUAGAAAGUUUACACAUUUACGGCGUAACGUUUCGAUGGGUCGCGGGACGUGAUGAUUUGCAUGACAAGGGCUGAUCAGGGAAGAGAAGGCUGCUUGAUAUACGUGUGAAGCGAGGGAAAGCCGUAUUGGAGGUUGGCGGAGGGGAGUCUGCAGCUUCCCCGUAAUCGAUUACUUCUUCCAGCUUCUUAUGGUACUCUCGCAAGUUGGCGUUCGACGGACAUAGAGGAAAUCAGGGCAGAUUUGUUUUAUACAAUUGAUAAGUGGUAUUGAUUGCAUUAAAUCAACCGUGUCUUAAUUGAUUAAGCUGUUGUGGUUUUGCUUUGCGUGUCUCUCUCUACUG